UUGAUCAAGCAAGACAAUUUUGCUCUUUGCUCCUCUGUGCACAAUAAUACAUAGCGUACGUAUGCUACGAUGCGUGUGCGUGAGUAAGUUCAGUGCGCGGCAAAGUUAUUUAUUUACAACAUUCGUGCCAAGCCAUAUUACAACUACUGUUUCAGUGAGUUAGACGUGUUCGUCUAUGUUAAUAACGUUUUGUUUCUAACUAUUAAAGAGUUUUAAAAGUAUUAAGUAUAUUGACACGUGCAGUUUUAAAAAAAUACAAAGGCUUCAUGGUUCAUGACCUUGGUCACAGGUUGUCUACCAAAAAAAGACAUUUUGACAGUUGAUAGUACUUGAUACGUCAUUCGGGUAAAAUGGCGUUGAAGGUGCAAUGCGGUGUUUUCGCGGAAACACGAUGAUUGAAAUGCACCCAAAAACUUACAAAAAAUGAUAGUGAGUGUGUCUUGGUAGUGCUCGUUAUAAAUAUUUUACCUUUAUCCCAUCAAUUUCUCGGCUGUCGAUUUUUUUAUGUGAAUUUCGUGAUGUUGCGGCGUAUAAAUUUUUAUUCAAUAUGUUUCGCAUUCGGUGUCAGUGUUCUCCUAAUUCUUGCUGGAAGUCGAUAUACAGACAACGUAAGUUAUCGUCCGUCCACGGAAAAUAGAAGAAAUACAAGGAAUUUUCUUAAAGUGGAAGAUGAAGAGGACAUGUAUCAGUCUGUUCCAACGAACGUCUACGAUGGCUCGCCAAAUAUCGAGAAAAUAUUAGAGAAGACUCGAGCUAAAAUCAAACAAGCUUUCGUGAAAUACAACUUUAGUUACUCGGGUGUCCACAAGUUAGAAGACUUGCUUAUGGAAGCAGGUGGGCAGCCAUUGAGGAGCAUAAUAAUCUCUACAUGGAGAUCUGGCACCACUUUUCUUGGAGAGGUGUUGGAUGCAAUGCCUGGUAACUUCUACCAUUAUGAACCCCUUCUAAAAUACGAAAUUAUUCAAAUAAGAGGGCCUCCACUUGCUGAUCAGGCCUUGAGCACUAUCAAGAGCAUGCUCAGGUGUAACUAUGAUAACUUGCAAGACUAUUUUCAAUAUGGAAAGACUCAUUUGUACCAAUUCAGCCAUAACACUCGACUAUGGGACCACUGUAAAUAUAACAAAGAGCUGUGUUUUGAUGCUAACUUCACAGAAAGGUUUUGUAAGCUGUUCCCCUUCCAGAGUAUGAAAGUUGUGAGGCUCAGGUUACGGCUCGUUGAAGAAUUGUUGGAGGACAAAGAACUAAAAGCAAAGAUAAUUUUGCUUAUCCGUGAUCCUCGGGGAGUGCUGCAGUCACGGCAACACCGGGACUUUUGUCAGCCGUCACCAGACUGUUGGGAGCCUCAACUCCUUUGUGCGGAUAUGAUCAGUGACUAUGUGGCUGCAGCACGGUUGCUCAAACAGUUUCCUAAUAAACUUAUGGUGCUGCGUUACGAAGAGCUGGCUCUCCAGCCGAACAGGACCACUCACGACCUGCUCAAGUUCCUAGGGCUAGGCCCGAUGCCCUCAAUCAACGAGUUCCUCCACACCCACACCAAUACCUACGUGGAUGGCGUCAGCUCCACCUUCAGGAUCUCCCGCGCCGUGCCUUUUAGAUGGAGAGAAGUCCUUGAUUUCCAUUUUGUAGAGAAUAUACAGUCUGCCUGCAGAGAAGCUAUGGCACUAUGGGGCUACCAACCAGCACAUAACGCGACACACAUGACCAGCAAACACUUCACUGUUCUCCAAAAUUACACUAUCGAGGUGUGACUUCGCAAUGUCUGCAAAGGAUGUUUUUAUUGAUGCAUUCCGCCCUCACGACUAUUAAGAAAAAUGCUACGUAUACAUACCUACGUGGGUAGGUAAUAUAUUAUAUAAGGUGAAUGUCUUGUUGACAGUAUUAAAUUGAAACACAUCGGACAAAGGUAAUAUGUAUUUUUUUUAUUUGUAGUUAGAUAUGUCGUGACCAGAAUAAGUUAUUAGUGCAACAAAAACUGUGCCUUGUAUUAGGUUUUUUAGGUGCAAUAAACACAUUUCCUUGCUGCUAAAAUACAAAAGCAAAUUGUUGUGAACUUCCAUCAGGGUACUGUUAGAUGUUCAAUCUUAUCAAUCUUAAUAUUUAAAUUGAAAUAAAACCUUGAAAACUUCUGUGUAACUGGAAGUCUUUCGGAUUGAACGUGUAACAUGCCAUGUUAUAGGUAUAGUUGUUAUGUUAUAAAGAUAUGGACUUCAGGUAUUUUUCUUCCUAUAAUGUUAAUAGUAAUAGUUUUCCUUUUCUGGUCCGACUUAGAGUUUUUGUUAUUUUUGAUAUAAUUUGAUUGUAACAUGCUUAAUUAUAUCGAUAGCUUACUUCAGUAUUUAUUUUAGAGGAUAGAAUAUUUUUUUACUUUUUUAUUUGUAUUAAACAUAAUAAUCUUAGCUAUCGUGUAUAUAAUGAUAUGCACAUGGAAUUGUUUGAAAGUUGUUCCAAUAAUUUAUUUAAUGAUUUGAUAAGACUGCAUUUUCCAGUGAACUGUCUGAUUCUUCCAAAUAAUUACUCAUUAGGGACGUUGUUUUGUUUCGCAGUGAUUCUAUAAUCUUUUUUUUGCAUGAAAUCACUAAAAUUUUACUGGCUAAUUAACUCCUUAUACUUUGGCUGUGGUUAUCACAACUUGACACAAUAAUAUAACCAAGACUCCUAACCAAAUAAUAAUUUACCUGUUAAGGAAUAAAUUGUCCUACAAAUACAAUUAAGCAAAUAAAAGAGAUUGACGAGUCAUUGCGAAGUAAAAUAACAUAAAUAACUCUUACUAAAAUUAGCGCUUUAACAUUUUCAACGAUCACGAUAUGAACACAUCGUUACAGUGAGGCGAGGUUGUGUGAGCACCAUGGGUGUUACUAUAUCAAACGUAAAAGAUGGACCAUUAGGCGAUAGAGCUUGAAAUUGCUUGAAUGGUAAACAUUAUGAAACAUUCAAGCUGUUUCCAUCUCUUCCUUUUAACGCGUUUUUAUUGUUAAGCUUAGCAACUUAAUGUUUUAGCACUCACGGAAUUGAAAAAAUGUUAAUGCUUCCAAGUUUUAUUUAGAGUUUUUACGUAAUUGACAACAAUGCGCUAGCAUAGAUAUGACUUAAAGUCAAGUCAUGAGACGUUCAUUAAAAUGUACAAGCUUGUUUCAAUGGUAAGGUAGAUGACGGGACCACUUUUGUGGAGGAUGUUCGCUAAACAUAGUUUGUAGUCUGAAGUUCUCUUCCGCUUAACCUGUGUCAUUCAUUCACUGCACAUUUUUUUUGGUGAUUAUGUGGUCGUGCAAACGUUCAUUUUGAUCCAUUCCACAUUACUCGCCAAUUACUGACUUCUAAUCUAAUAAUCGAAAAAGUCACUGGUGAAUCAUAACCUUAAAAUGACAUACAUAGUCUAAAAAAAGGUGUUUAAAAUAUGAACAGUUUUUUAUUAAACGAAUGGGGCUGCAAAUAUACUUAGCUAUUGAAAUGGGCUUGUAUUGAUUCGGCUUAUAAUAGCAAUAUUAAGUAAAAGCCUUACUAUGGAGUAGUUUAGUGAUAUAUUGGGACGAAAUGAGAUAGUAAUAGACCGCUUAUUGGUCUAUUGGAGUUAGUAUGGAGCACUUCCAUAGUAAAGGUACGGACAUUGAUGGUAGCUUUUGCUUAGAGAUUGCUUAAUUUAAUUUUAGUUACGAUCCAAGUCCCAGAGAUGGCUCGAUUGUUCCUUUUGCGGACACGUAUUCGUAUCUCAAAUAAUCUAGUCUAUGGUUAUGGACUUUGUAUGAAUGCAACAAAGUUAGAACUGCUAAGCGUCAGAUUUACCUGAACCGUUUCUAUUGGCACGUCAAAAGUAGAUUUUGCUAAUGUUACUGUAGUGUUUCAGUACCAUGUCAAACUGCGCAGUUCUGUCUGAUACGUGUACACAGUAUCCUUUUUAUAAUGGUUUAAAGCCUUCCAACAUUGUAAGCUACAUAUAACAGCCAUUUGGAUGAACAAAAAACGAAUCUACUACCAACAAUUGACAAACUGCGCAGUUCUGUCAGAUACGUGUGUACAAUAUCACCUUUUUACGAAGUUUUAUAGCCUCGUUUCCACUAGAAGUCUGGCAAAGUUGUACGAUAUCGCCCGGUGACUCCAGGGACAAAUGUCGCCUAGUGGAGACGAUGCUUCAAUCAGCUGUGAGUCGCUCUUGCACCACUAGGGACGUUAUCUAACAUCUCUGGGACGUAAAGUUACUCGAAACACCAAAACAAACACCACAUACUAGUAGUUAUCAAGUGUAUCCUUACUGUAAUGAACAUAAUGUAAUGUCAAACGAUAUAAUAUAAACGUAUACACAAUUUUGAAAGGAAAUAAUGUUAGAAGGUGAAUAUAAUCUCCGUCCAUGAGAUAUAAUACGAACCUCGAUGUAAUAUUUGAAACCAGUUGCGAAUAUGUAUAAAACUCUGGUGAGUUCCUAACAUAUUAUGCAACGGUUAAACGUUGGAAACCCCUUACCUUACCUAUACAAAGUACUUACUACCAAAACUUGUGUUUGGUUUCGAAAAUACGUGCAUUUGACUAGUCAUUCGCUUUUAGACUUUGAUUGGACACGUUUAAAGGCUGUGCACGGUUUGUCUGAAAAAAAAAUCAAAUGUCAAAUUAUUGUGCUCGAGUAUCAUAUCAUAAUUUAUUGUUUUGAAGACGCCUAUAUGCGUAUACGUCAGAGUAGUCGCUAUGCAUAUCGUGUGACGCGAAAGGUGAGGUUUUGUGGUACAAAAGUGUCACGAAACCAUAGUGUUAGUUACUGUAUAAUUCUAACCCUGUACAGAAAGUAGACUACCUAUUUAUUUUUUCAUUCUGUUACUACAGAAAACAGAAGAAGCAUACACUGACUGGAUAACCAACAGUCAAGGCAAGGGACUAAAUGAGAUAUAAAUAUUAGAAUAUAGUUUUAUAGAAGUAUAACAAUUAAUUGUUUUUCCACUGUGUUACUGUGUCUCUGAGUUACUGAGUCGCACUUGAAUGUCAAUUGCAAAAAGAAAAAUCAAUUAUAAAGAGGGUCAAUUGAACCUAACCUUAAGUGAAAUUUUACUAACACAGUUGGCGCGACCAUUAUAGUCGGCGGUACGGCUCACCUAUCACGCUGGCUAACAGAAAGCUCGGUGAAGCAUGGGUGUGUACCCAUCAUCUUUCGAUGGAUGUACUUCUGACUAGCUCAAUUGAGAAUAUACUCGUGAGCUUAUGUGAUAUGUUAUGUUAUGUGUUGUCAAUUAUUGAAUCGAUCUUUCGCGGCACACUGUACGCAUUAGGGUAAAAAACCUAAUAAUAAAUUGUAACGAAUGGAACUAACAAUGUAGUGAGAAUUCAUUAAGUGCACUUGAUUGUAAGGUAGUCAUUAGUAUAAUAUUCAUAAUUUGAUUUAAAUAGCGUUGAAUGUAUUCAUUUUACGAUCCUUCCAUUUCGACUUGGUUGAUAUACUAACGUAAACUUAAUUGUAAUUUACUCUCUCAAAUUCCUAAGACUCGACGCUUCAUAUUUAGUUCAUAAUUAUUACUUACUUCGGCUAAAGUUAGGAACAGGCAUAAGCCUCGAAAGCUGUUAUAUUAAGUCCUAUAUACAGAGUGUUAGUGACAUCGUAACGAGUAUUCGUUGUGGAUGUCACUUACACCCCACACAAGUACAUACGGUAGCCAUACAAGUAGGUAUGGGUGUUAGUGACACCGUAACGAAUACUGAGGGGGAUGGUUCAGACCAUGAUUCUGAGUUGAUAUCAAGUGGAAUUUUCAGUCUGAAUAUUCCUGAAAAUGUUUGUGUUUUUUUUUAUUAUUUUCAAUUGCAUACUUUUGCGACGGAAAAUUCCACUUGAUAUCAUCUCAGAAUCAUGGCCUCAAUCAUCCCUCAAAGUUUUCGUUACGAUGUCACUAACAACCUGUAUAUUUACGCACUGAAUAGUACAACAUAGAGUCAAUGCUAUGAGAACAACAUUGAGCUAACGAAAUUAACGUCAAAAUUAUACACCUAAAUUAUUUAAACCUAGUGCUGUAAAUUAUGUUAAACAUUUUUUUAUAGUAAUAAGUGUGUUAUUUUAUAUUCGAAAGUUUAAUUGAGUUUUUAUAGUUUAAUAUGCUUUAUUUUGGACUUUUGUUUAUUUUUUUUAUUUCUAUCUAUUUGUUUAUAUUGUUUAUGUAAUAUGGCUGAGAUUUUCCCUACAAUAUGCUGCUUGCAUUCCUCGAUAUAAGGACCUAAUACGUAUAAGAUAUUCAAAACGAACAAUGAGAUUGAAAUAGGGAUUCAUUUAAAAAUCUUCUCUUUAUACUCUUAUAGUUAUAGUAAAUUGUAACGGAUUGAGAUGUUUGUGUGAAGUCGUAGAAAUGUUUGUGCGACUGCAUACAAGCACCUUUUAAACUUGCUUAAAUGUACGUACACCUAAAGUACAUUGCAAUAUUAGUAUCUUAAAAUGUAAACAAAACCUACAUAAAACAAUCUUAUUACGAACCUCAUUCCUUGAUUUCAAAUUAAAUUUUACUGAUGGUAGUUCUAGUUUACAUUUAAAGACAUUUAUAUUUAAAUGUGCUGUAAAGUCAAUAAAGCCAUCAAUUACUAAAUAAGAAACAUGCUUCCUGAUAGAUCUGACAAUAUAAUAUAUUCAGUUAUAUGCCUUAAAGAAAUACUGGUAGUGAUAUAAGUAAGUUUAUUAUUGACUUGCAAGUUAGUGAGUAUUAUACAUACAUACAAUUUAUUUGUAACAUUCAGGUGGCUGGCUGGACCCAGCGUAGAUUUUUUAUCAUAUCAUUAGCAUAUCAUAAGUAUAUUAUAAUGUAAGUAUUCACGAACAUAAGUUGCUUGGGCAUCGAAAUUAUUGAGCUUUGCGUGCUUAUGUAAUCUUUAGAGUGGAUAAUACCUCAAAUGUUAUAUUAAAUUUAAUAUAGCUUACCAUAUACAGACCAGAAAAAGCUGAAAUGAUCUUUACGGAUAUUGCGUACAAGUGACGAGGAAUAAUAAAGGAAAAUACUACAAAAUAUAGAUGGACAAGGAUGUUUGUCGCGUGACUAUAAUCGGAACUAACGCCGCAUCCUAUGAAAUGUAAUUUUUGGCAGUUGUUAUAAAUGGAUUGUUCAUCUUGCGAUGGGUGCAUCUUUGACUACCCCAAUUGAGAUAUAGUCGUGUGCUUAUGUUGUAUUAUAUAUCCAGAUGGUGUACUGCAUACCGGCGCCGUCCUGUCAAUGCACGCACAAAACAUCCUUGCUAAUGUCAAAAAUAAAAACUAUGCAGAAAUAAUUGUUAUUGUAUAAUGCAGACGGCAUUUGAGGUAUUAUUAACUCCAAAAAAGUAUUUUUUAUUUUAUUGUUGUAUGUGAUGUAGUUAUUUACGGAUUAUUAUAAAUCCGACGUUUUGGUGUAAUCUGUUUUCAAGUAAAGUAAUUUUUUUAUAUGUUUUAUUUCAAUUUAGUGAUGGUAUGUAAUAAUAGUGCAUAAUAUAAAUAGUGAUCGUCAACGAACAAUAACAUUUUAAUAAUUUAACGUUAACAUUGUUGUUAUACAUUACUGGGGGGUUAAAAUAACCACAUCGAAGUAAUUCAUACCAAGAAAACAAUAUUGCAAUAUGACAUUUGCGCAUAUAAAAGUAAGUGCGCAAUGCAAACAAAUAUCAAAUAGCAAUAUUGGUUUCUUAGAUGAAUUACUUCGAUGUGGCCAUUUUAACCACUCCGAUGAACAAAAUGGGUUAGAAACAUGACAUGUAUAAACUUAUAUAAAGUAAUUGAUUGGUACGAAGGAGUAACUUAUUAUAUUAGAUUCAGUAUAUUAGUGAGUUAUUCCUACUAUUACUACCAUGAAUUCUUGCCAGUAGGAAUAUUGUGUAUAUUUUUUCUACCUGUUAUACUAGUAGUAAAAAUAGGAAAUGCAUUUCUCAUCUUUACGACCGUUACUAAUAAAGUGUUAUACAAUGUGCACUUGAUAUUAUAAACUCAUUUUGACAAUAAUGCCAUAUGGUUAAAUGCUGCCGCUUCCGACUCGUUUAAUUUGUCAAAAAUCAGGUUUAAAUGAAGGACCCUGGGGUACGUUCCUCAAAAUUAAUAUAGAUGGCGCUGUACAGUUUUUUCUUCGUUUAACCCUCUAAUUUACAGGAAAACAGUCAUAUGCAUCUUUCAUCUGCGUUUUUAGAUAUUUAUUUAUAUACACAUACAGCAAUACAUAUUAAACUUUUACAGACAGCAUUAUAAAUAGAAAGAAAGAUAAUAUGCUUGCCAAUUACAUGCGUACACAGCAUUCACCGUAAAUGAAAACAAACUAUAUUAAUACUAAACUAUAUAUACUUAUAUAUUAACACAUUUUUUAUGAACAUUUUAACAAAAUAUAAAUGUAAGUACUGUUUAACGCUUAUAGCGACAACCAAAGUGAUUUAGCACUUUAGGCCUCAAACUGGAUGACAGCGGCAGCGGCGCGGCGGCGGCGGCGGUUCGGGGAGCGGCGCGUUCAAAUGCUAAGAUUUAUAUUGAAGUGUUCUCGAUGGCAGCGGCGCGGCGAGCGGGGUACGAGCGGUGCGCUCUAGGCGAGCGGUGUCUCUGCGUUUGCAAAUUCGCCUUUUGUUUCCUUUGUUCAUUACAGGGAUUCAGAUCUUCUUUUGCCCAUAAUAAAUCGUACGAAACAAAAGAACUACAAUCGAAAAUGCGUUGUCGCCGUUUCGACAUCGCGUUCAUUUGAGACACAACUCUAUACCGCCGCAACACCGCGCGAUUUGGCCGCUGGCAUCGAGAACAGAACAGCGGCCACCGCGCCGCUCCCCGCGCCGCUAUCGCCGCCGCGCCGCUGCCGCUGUCAUCCAGUUUGAGCCCUUACUUUUGUAGCAUCGAGGAGAAUCAUUAAAAAUAUCGAUGUCUGGCAAUUUGUCAUUAACUUCGUUGAACGUCGCACACAUCUUGGCAGUAGGAUAGUGUAGGCCCAGAUUAGUACGGUAACGUAGAUAUAAAUGCUGACCCUUUUUAUUACACCUAGGCACAAUUACAUCUUCCACACAUUAUUCUGAUCAAAAUAAAGAGGAUCAAUAUAAUUAUGUAGCAACAUAAUUCUAUAGAUAAAUUAUGAUCAAAAUAUCAAGCAACACGUUUAAACUGAACAGCGCCAUCUAUAUUGUUAUUGGUAAACGUAGCCUGGAAGUUCCUCAUUGAAAAGAAGAAAUAAAAUGUGAUCAUUAGGAAAAAGUAUCAAUUAUUGAGUUUAUAUUUACCAUUCGCACUCACUACAGCACUGACUCAGAUAUUGGACGUCAAUUUAGCCCCAACUGGGCACCCUCAGGCCUGUUGUCUUAAACGUUGUACCGGGUGAGAGCCUUCAGCGCUCCCCAUUUGUCCGGCCAAAUAGUUAUGCCAUCUGCGGUAAAU